AUGGGAAGACAGAAGAUCGAAAUAAAAAAAAUUGAGAAGAAAAGUUCCUUGGAGGUCACCUUCUCCAAGCGUCGAACAGGACUCUUCAAGAAGGCCGGCGAGCUCUGCGUUUUGUGCGGUGCUGAGGCCGCCGUCAUCGUCUUCUCUCCGGGCAGGAGGGCCUUCGUCUUCGGCCACCCCUCCGCGGACGCUGUCAUCGAUCGCUUCCUCCAUCGCGAGACCAACUCUCGUGCGCUUGUUCCGGCGGGACAGGUGCACGGACACGUUCAGAGGCAAUACUUGGAGGCUCUUGGAAGGCUGGAGGUGAAGAAGGAGCAAGAAGAGACGGUGGGGGAGAUGGGGAGGUUCAGGGGUUCCCUUGAGGAGCUGAGGAAGAAGGUGGCGGAUCGAGUGGAGGAGAUGACCAUGAUGAUGAUGAUGGAGAGCGGUCCUUCUUCGACUGCCAUGGUUGAAUAUGCAGCGCCACCGCAGGAGUAUAAUUCUUCUGGUGGUGUUCUGCAUGGCCAUGAUUUGGCUGCACAUGGUGUUCCUCAUGGUUUCGAUUUUGGGUUCGGUUUCGACGAACACCUUUUCUGA